AUCACAUUCGAAACAAGUUCCCGAAAUCAUAAAGAUCUACUUUGAUUCAAUCCCCUCGAAGAUUUUAACUUUUCGUGCCAUAAUCCUUACUUCAUUUAUCAACGGCCUUGAGGCGUCCGGUGGCAUCAUGCCGAUUUUGGCAAUACUACAAGCGCUGGAUGGUGGUAUAUCUAGCACAAACGCCACCGUUAUGCAUUCAUCACAUCUAGUAACAUGACCCUAGUCUCAAAUGAUCCCAGUUGGUGGCCGGUAAUUAUUGCCUCCUCUGCUGUGGUGAUAUACGAUUGUGUGUUGACACUUGGACAAGAGGUUGAACUGAUAUGGAGGCAACGCUGGUCCCUGAUGACCAUUCUAUAUCUGAGUGUGCGUUACGCUGGAAUACCAUAUGCUGUCAUUUUCGCGUUGUAUACUCUUCCGUCAUUCUCGGUGUCAAUCUCAGAUGCAGUGAGUGAUAUUAUGUACUUUGCGCUAAAUGUGACAAACGUGGUCGUAGCUGCGAUACUGGGCGUCAUCAUGGUCGCUCGGUUGCAUGCCAUGUAUCAGGGAUCUCGAAAGAUGCUUAUCUUUCUCAUUGUCAGCUUCCUGGCUAUCAACGUCACCUGCGGAGUGAUCACGGCAAUAGGACUCAGGUAUUUGUCAGGGGAGGAGCUCAUCCUCUCCGGCACCUAUAUGUGCACUCAUUACUACAAGGGAGAUGUCAACCUUCUGAUUAGAAUGGUUUGGACACUCAACACUGUAUGGGAGGUCCUCGCACUGUUUCUUGCAGUCUGGAUUGCUGGGCAAUACUUCUUUCAAAUGCGACGACUUGAACCAUCGAGAAGAUUGACCAUCGGGAACUGUUUCGCGGUGUUAAUAAAAUCUCACAUGAUUUAUUUUGCAAGCUUUGCCGCUGUUUCUUGCCUCCAGCUUGGUUACCUCUCUCCAAUGAUCUUGAACUCAAGUUCCACGGGAGCUGAGAUAUACAGCGCUGGUCUUCAAAUUUUCAGGACCGCGCAAAUGUUUGUGCUGGGACCACGCCUCAUCCUUAGCGUUCGAGAAUAUCACGCUAAGCUCGUGGCGGAUUCUGACGCCAAAACUAGCGUGAGUUCGAUUGCUUUUCAGCACCAGCGCGUACAUGUGUCGACUAGCAGUGGUGUGUAGUACGAGAAAUGCGUGGUGGGUAUUUUGUAGGGAG